CUCAAUUCACCGCUUAACGUGCAAACACUUAGAACUCUCUUUUGCAACGAAUAUUCAUACGAUAUUUCAAUUAAUCUCCAAAGUAUUCGAUGGGUUUUUGAAGAGACUCUAUUUAUCGUCGAUGAAUAUUAGCUCUCUUAUGUGCAAAUUUGGUUCAGAAUCAAUCUGCUUUGCGUUUGUGCAACCACGACGACUUACAUUGAACAUUCUACGCCAUUCCAAGUUGCUGAGUCAGCAUUCCACAAUCAGAAAAGAGACUUUGGAUUACACUUGUCAAUCACAUCAGUCAUUUUCCUUUCAAUAAUGGAUCAACAAAACCUCGAAGGCGAACAGGCAAAAGCGUGACCGAACCACAGCAAAACAUGGCCGCUGAACAACCACCGCAAAUCUUCAAACUGAACGUCGAUUGCUUCGAAAAGAUGUUUGAAUAUCUUUCAAUCAAAGAUCUACAUUCUUUUGGACAAACGUGUAAACGCAUGCAACGGGUUGCCGGCCAUUUUUAUCAGCAACAAUUUUCAGGAACUAGCUUCCAUUAUGAUUGUAAAUUUGUUGAUUUUCGUGAAUAUGCUGAAAUUCUAAUAAUCGAGGACCUCACUAAUGCAUUGAACUCGAUCAACAUUGAUUGGGCUUUAUUUAAAUCAGUUAAGAAAAUCCAAUUCAAAAGGAUUAAUUUGGAUGUUGUCAACAUGAUGCCACAGGAAUUCUCAAACCAAAUCGAAGAAGUUCGCGUGGUACGUUGUGAAAUGAACGAACCGUUUUUUGAACGUGUUCUUGGACGUUUUCCGAACAUGAAAAGCUUGAAAAUUCAUAGAAGUGAUUUUGACUGGUUCACCCAAAAAUACCUGAAACUGCAGCAUUUCGCAUGGUACCCUCAAAAUAUUGCACAACCAGUUCAGGCUGGCCAAUUGGAAAUGUUUUUGCGACAAAACUCGUCCAUUCGCUCGUUAUCAGCGAUGUCAUGGUUGCUCUUGCCGAACCAAAUCACGAUGAUGGAAGUCAAACUGGACGACUUGGGUAUUGUUCUUGUUCCACUACGACAGGACAUCUGCGAAUUCGCAAAUUCACUACAUGCCAAAGGCGCAUACAAACGAUUACAUAUCAUGAACUAUGAUAAGACUAAUCAAGAAUUUGUCGACAGAUUGAUCUCGUUGAAGUCCCUUGUCAGAUUUGUUGCAAAAGAAAUUACAGAAACGGUCGAUUUGUCAUCACUUGUAAACUUAAAAGUACUAACAGUUCGAAGUGGCGUCGAAAAUAUCGCAAACAAGCCAGCAUUAGCACGGAGCCUUGAAAAUCUCAUUGAAGUGAAUUUCUGUAGGGCCAACAUCGAUGACAUUUUACCGUUUGUGCACUUGUCACCGAAAUUGAAGAAGAUUCACGUCGUCAUGACAUUGGGCGAAAAUUCCAACCAAGCUAUCGAUCCAGUUACGAUGAAUCGUGAACGUGAAAAGCUAUUGACCGAAACGUUGUACGUCAGCAAAGUGACGAUUUACAUCCCCGAAUCGAAUUACUUGGCAACAAAGUGGAAAACAACGGAGACCGACUUGAAGCUAAUCGAAAUUCAACGCGUUGAAUCGUUUGAUUUAAUAAAAUCACUGUUAUUUUGAUUCUAUGGACACCAAUUGCUGUCGAACAAUUCCUGAACGAAUGUACCGAUAAAAUAAAGAACUACAAUCAACUUUCACAGUUAAAUUAAGAAAAAUCUCAUUCGAAAAUAAAAUGAUCAAAAUCGACUUUUUAUUUAAAAAUACACAAUGGUUAGAUUAAAGCAAAUAAAGCGA